AUGAAGAAGCGCAAGUCGCUGGCAGGCAGCUCGCGACCAGAGUCCGGCGAAGGCGAGAGCGAGAGCGGGAGCAGCGACGAGGCGCCAGCGCUGGCGUCGGUAGCGCAUCUGGAGCCGCGCCAACAUGCUGUCGUCCGUCGGGCAACGCACAUCGGGGCGCCAGCCGAAGACGAUGAUGAUGACGACGAUGACACGGCCGGCGGGCCUUCGCGGCGGCUGGACGCGUCGGUUGACGUCUCGCGCAACGGCAUUGUGCAAGUCAUGCUUGACGACGUCGAGUACGCGCUGGACGGGCUGGCCACUGUCUGCGGCUCAGCCAGCAUGCAGAUCGACGCGCUCCAGCAUGUUCUGCGGACCCUUGACGAUCCAGACCAGCGGCUGCUCCUCCGAGCGCAUGGUAUGCUCCCGCGAGUUCUUGAAGCCUUGGUGGCGCUUGCGCCGCAGAGCUCCGCCGCUGCGCUAGUGCGACUGCAGGUUGUCGACGCCCUUGUCGGCGACGGCCUCUCGCUCAACAUGCUUGAGUCCCGGCCAGCAGCCGCCCUCCUCCUCGACGCUCUCCGCGAGUGGGCUGCUGCUGCAAAGCCGAGUGACAGCCUGCGCGAGCUCGCACUCCGCGCUGUGGCGCUGCUCAAGCUCGCAACGCAGCGGAACAAGGCGAUGAAGACACUGCUGCGCGAGCUGGGCAUUUUCGAGCUGCUAGCGACGGUGCUGGACGGGCUGGAGCUGGAGUCGCCGCUGCUUGUUCCGCUCUACGAGUUGCUCAAUAACCUCACCCACGACGCACCUGUCAACGCAGCGUACGUGCUUGCUGGCGCGAGCCACGCGCAACAGACCGCGGCCCACGCGCAGCGGACCGAGCUGCUUGGCGCCCGCGAGUCUGUCCUCAACUCGGCGGUCCUCCUCAUGCAGCUCGACGAGGAGCAGGCGGCGGCGGCGGCGGCGCGCAAGCCGGCCUACGUUGCGCCGGUGGAAGAGACGCUUGACAGCGCAUCGCUGGCCGCGCUCCUGCUGCGCAAGCUCGAGUCGGCCCGUUGUGAUGAGAUGCUGCGCUCGGCUCGCGGCGCCACCGCCGUUUGCGGCGUCCUCAACAUCCUUGUCAAUGUCACAAACGAGAACGCUACCGGUGCAGCGCUGAUCGGCUGCCGGCUGGGCGAGCUGGUGUGGAUGAUUGAGCCUGCCACGCUGCACCUCUUCAUCAACUUGCUCGAGCGGUCGGGCCCGAACCGGCGAGUGGCCCGGCAGAGUGGCCUCCUGGCCCGAGCGCUGGAUGUCUACCUCCGCACGCCGCCGUUUGACCUGGCGACGGGGCUGGCCGGCUCCGCCGCCGAGGCCGACGUCGUCCGCGCCUACGCUGGCCUCCUCAUCGGGUGCGCCCUCCGCGACGAGCCCGCCAGCCUGGCUCAAGUCACUGCCGCCGUCCCUCUUGCACACAUCAUCGCCACCCUUGAGGCCUUUAUCGCCUUUCAGGUCAACGUCGGCGUCCACACCUCGGAGGCGCACACCGCGUUCAACGAGGUCAUUUCCAUCCUGCGGUACUUUGACGCGUAGACGUCUCUGUGCUGAGACUACUCGAGGUCGGC